UAAAGUGGUCGCGUGCUCCAAGCGCGGUCACUCUGUCGUGGAGACAUCGAGGUGACGCUAUCAAGAGAGAUAAAGACAAGAAGAGAAAGAGAGAGAGAGAGAGAGGCCUUUACUCACGAGUAUCAUUCUUGGGACGAGGGCACGAAACCAGGCGAUACACCAGUUUACACGAGAUUCGAAAUGACGUCCGUACGAAGUGCGGUUACUCUAACAUUGAUGCUCCUCGUCUUGGUGGAAUAUUCGAGGACGAUGCCGGCGAUCGACAAAGAGAGAUUUUUGGACAACGUCAACCUGGUGAAUGACGACGGCAACAUCGAGGCAGCCCUGAUGAAUUACAUAUUCUCCAAGCAGAUUGUGAAGAGCCUUCGCAAUCAGCUGAACUUCAGCGAUUUACAGCACAAACGAAGCUCCUGGAAGAUGUGUGCCACGAACGCGGUGGCCUGCUUCGGUAAAUAGGUUCGCGACACGACAGGAGGAAAAGUCGGGCGCGCGCGCGCGAGAGAGAGAGAGAGAGAGAGAGAGAGAGAGAGAGAGA